AUGCCCUCGCCAAUUCGUACGACCAUUCAAGAUGAUCACAACCACUUGUUCUUGUGUCUGGAAUCAGACACUCUUCCCCUUGUGCCUGCGAGGGGCAUACCCCUCCAAGAUCCGAAAAGUUUGUGGCUUCCAGAUCCCAACAAGUUCAUGGAACGCAGUUGGGCUUCCGACACUAUGCCAUACCAGGGGUUUCUUCCUGUCCAUCGGAGCUGCGUUUAUCAGUGCGUUUUGUUCAAGUGCCUGAACUAUUCGUCCGCGUCUAUCCCACUGUUUUCUCCUUCGCCGGGACAAUGGGCUUUGGAAACAAGAGUCGCCGACGAAUGGAAGCAUCUGGAAAAUCUUUUGGGUAUCCUAAGGAAAACAUUAGGACAAAAAUUGGAUUGUGUCGAAAGAUUUCCCUAUCCUAGAUUCCCUCCGCCAUGGGAGUAUGGAUAUCACCAUGCGAAAUGCCACAAGAUGGACAUGGAAGACGCCGCGAUGCGAUCGCGGGACGCAUUUUUAGUACUGGCAGGGGAAAUCUCUUUUCUCUUGGCGCUCACUCUGGCGGAAAAGGAUGGGGACGACUGGGAAAUCACGCUCACAGAGGAAGUUGGCGGAAACUGGACCGAUCUCAUUCGAACUUCUUGGUUAGUUCAGAAUGAUAGUGGCUUUUGGCAAGGUGAAGAGGCAUCACGGCGAGUCGGUCUCUUUGUAGAUCCUCGGGUAUGCGAAAAUGUUGCAAAUUUCCUGGAAGCGUACACCGCAUACAGCAUUCCCGUCUGGAUAGAUUGGGGUCCGAUCACGAGCCCUUUUGAGGCAUUGGACCGGUCAUUAUCUCAGAAGUAUGCCAUUCGGCUCCCACCCAAUAAGGUUGUUCAUCGUACCACAGCAAAGCACAUUGAACCUCAAGCGCGCGACGUUCAGCUUGGCAUUAGGUGGCAGGCUGGUGAAAUGUCUGUAGCCAAUGAGUCAGAACAAACCAUGCUUCAACAAACCACUGAAUAUGUGGAUGUUCGUGCUGCCAGUUGUUCAGACGAAACCCGCGUCUCUGCGGAAAGAGAUGGACGCUCAAAGAAACUGCAGCUCCUGGACAAGUCGGCAAAUGAAAAGCACAGCCAUCAUGCUCGGGCUGCAAAGCUUGAUCGGUAUUCCGAGGAGCAACAAUAUCCGACAAGGAGUGUUGACGUUUUCGUUCGGGAAAAAGUCCGAGUCGACAACAAAGAUUACGUUGAAAGGAGACAUAUCUCUGACAGUGAUAUUCCUCAGCAGCAAUAUCCACCCCUUCCUAGAGAGAGAGGCGCUGAGGCUUCAGUCAGGAAGCUGACAGCAUCCAGCUUGAGGUGCUCUAGGCCAUGUAGUGCAGAGGCUUGGGAAAAGGCAUAUGUGAAGCUCUUUGAGGCACAAACCCAGGUGCUCAAGGAAGAUCUUGAGCCCAAAGAGUAUGAAUAUUGGUCCUUGAAGGAUGUCUUGCGCUUCCGGUUUGGCAUACAAAUAGCCAGACCAACAGAUCCGGGUCCAUUAACUGUGGUGGACAAGGCAAAGGUCAGCACCUGUCUGAAAUCGCUAGACCAUUUCAGCGUACCACAGGAAGGAGUAGAAAAUUCGAGUCUUCUGAGCUUAGGAGAAUUCGUUUCAUGGUUAGCGUGGCAUGCGUCGAAGAAGGAAGACAGUGGCAACCAUGCUAUAACGGCUUCACACGUGCAGCCGCCACAUGUGCUUUCUUGCACAAUAUCCGCUGCUUGGUGGGAUUUAUCGCCUCAAUCACAUAGCUAUCUGGGUAAAGACCCUUCUUCUCUGGGUAUUCAGGCCGUCCAAUGGCACGAUGGAAGUGAAGAAAGAACUGGAUACCGCAUCCAAGUCCAAGGCGAAUCAAAGGUUCUGGACCAGCGGUACUUGCUCAUUGUCUACCGCGCUGACGAUGUUCUGCACUGUCUACGCUUAUCGGGAGUGACGCGUCUUGAUGAUUUAAUAGAGGAACUUUGCUGCCAUGGUAUCCGUUUCACCGUGGGCGUUCAAGCAGAUCCUUCGGGUCCAAAGCUUUGGAGAAAAUCCUACGAGAACGGAUGUCAAGCUCGCCAUACUCAACUCAUCCCAUACAGACCAGCCAAUUUCAAGGCUGGAUUAUUGGACUACAUAUCUUAUGUGCGCAGAAGGGCCGCGUUAUUACAUGAUCCCGUCGUUGCAAGGGCUGCUUUGAUGCAUGGAGGGAUAAUAUGGCGCCUCGCUAUGGAGCACACCGAAGAUUAUAGUGCCGUCCUCCGACGCCCAACCGAUGACAUUUUUUGCUAUGGCAAAUGCCAUAGACUCACAGUCCUAGGCCGAGAAAAAUGCGAGAUUUUCAUGUGGGAGGAAAGCCUCAGUGAAUCCCAGAUGGAUGUCAUGUGUGGGGUUUAUAAGAUGUACAACCGGUCUCCCGACGGGUACAGUCUUACUCAAGACAUGUCUUGGUUCCCGAAAGACGCUAGUUUCAAAUAUUCUGCACUAAACGUCGGGUUUUGGACUGCCGACGCUGAAAAGUGGUAUACCCGUCGUGUGGACAUGUAUCUCUCACCAAAUCCAGAGAAAAGUUGCUUAAACCAAGCCGGUUGGCGAAGCAGUGUUCGCUUAUGGAGGUGCGCCAUUGCAACAUACAAAGGGCUGGAGACUGUAUCCAAGCAUUUUGUCGACCGUCAUGUCCUGGCAAGUCGAUGA